AGAGGACCCAGACCGGGGCCAGCCCUGCAACUCCUGCAGGGAGCAGUGCCCCGGCUUUCUGCUGCACGGCUGGAGAAAGAUCUGCCAGCACUGCAAAUGCCCACGGGAGGAGCACGCAGUGCACUCAGUGCCUGUGGACCUGGAACGCAUCAUGUGUCGGCUAAUCUCAGACUUCCAGCGCCACUCCAUCUCCGAUGACGACUCGGGCUGUGCAUCAGAGGAAUAUGCCUGGGUGCCCCCGGGCCUUAAGCCUGAGCAGGUAUACCAGUUUUUCAGCUGCCUUCCAGAGGACAAGGUCCCCUAUGUCAACAGUCCUGGGGAGAAAUACAGGAUCAAGCAGCUGCUGCAUCAGCUACCCCCACAUGACAGUGAGGCACAGUACUGCACGGCACUGACGGAAGAGGAGAAGAAAGAGCUCAGAGCCUUCAGCCAGCAGCGAAAGCGGGAGAAUCUGGGGCGUGGCACCGUGCGCAUCUUCCCAGUGACCAUCACUGGGGCCAUCUGUGAGGAGUGUGGGAAGCAGAUCGGAGGUGGGGACAUUGCAGUGUUUGCCAGCCGCGCAGGCCUGGGCACCUGCUGGCACCCACAGUGCUUCGUGUGUACCACGUGCCGGGAACUGCUCGUUGACCUCAUCUACUUCUAUCAUGCUGGCAAGGUCUACUGUGGGCGCCAUCAUGCUGAAUGCCUGCGCCCGCGCUGCCAAGCCUGUGAUGAGAUCAUCUUCUCCCCUGAGUGCACAGAGGCUGAGGGCCAGCACUGGCACAUGGGCCACUUCUGCUGCUUCGAAUGUGAAGCUUCACUGGCAGGGCAGCGCUACGUGAUGCGUCAGAGCCGCCCCCACUGCUGUGCCUGCUAUGAGGCCCGCCACGCGGAGUACUGUGAUGGCUGUGGGGAGCACAUCGGUCUGGACCAGGGCCAGAUGGCUUACGAGGGCCAGCAUUGGCAUGCCUCAGACCGCUGCUUCUGCUGUAGUCGCUGCGGGCGUGCCCUGCUGGGCCGCCCCUUCCUGCCACGCCGUGGCCUAAUCUUCUGCUCGCGAGCCUGCAGCCUUGGGUCUGAACCCACUGCUCCGGGGCCUGGCCGUCGCAGCUGCAGCGCGGGCAUGGUCACCGCACCGCUCGCAGCCUCUACGGACUCUUUCUCUGCUGCCGAGGGGACGUCCGAGACCGCCAUCAAAGGCACCUGCGCCAAGUCAGCGCCUGCUGCAGGCUCCGAGGAACCCUCCCGCUUUCUGAGAGGAGCCCCCCACCGCCAUUCCAUGCCCGAGCUGGGGGUCCGCAGCGCCCCUGAGCCACCCCCGGAGUCCCCCGGCCAGCCGGACCUGCGGCCCAACGAUAGUGCCUUCGGUCGCCAGAGCACCCCACGCGUCAGUUUCCGCGACCCUCUCGUGUCUGAGGGAGGCUACCACCAUCACCACCGCCACUCCAGCAGACGUCGUCAAUGUGACUUAGGAUCAGGGUCGGACUCAGGAUCAUGCUCCAGCUCGCCCUCCAGCCUCAGUUCCGAGUCUUCAGAGGAUGACGGCUUCUUCCUAGGGGAACGCAUCCCAUUGCCCCCGCACAUGUGCAGGCCCAUGCCCGCUCAAGACACUGCAACUGAGACCUUCAACUCCCCGUCCCCACCGUUCCCUGGGAACUCUCGCCCAGGACUACCUCGCCAGGCCCGAGACAAGAACUGCACUGUGGCUUGAAGGCAGGCAGUCCUGGAGGAGGCUCCGAUCUCCAGUCACUGUAGAUGAUGAUCCUCCUCCCCAACCUAAGUCAUGAGUCCCCUUCCUUCCUCCCUCCUUCAUCUGUUUGUAUUUUUGAAGUAAUUUAAUAUUUGUUGUAAAACAG